AUGGACGACGUUCACCCACAGGCGCGGUCCCGGCAUCUGGUCGACAAGUAUGGGCCAAAAUUCGUCGACCGAACAGAGCAAUUCCAACAUCGGGCCGUCGCGAUGAAAGCUCCUCCCAAUGGCAAACUGGCCCGCCACGAGCCUGCCGGGGGGUUUGAUAGCACCCCGUUCCCCCACGCGCCACCGGGCUACACGCUCAAAUUCACCUUCCACCGCGGCAUCAACCUCCCUUGCGCGGAUUUUGGCAGCUUCUCCUCUGAUCCCUACGUGAUCGCCCAGCUGAACGUCGCCCUCCCCCCACGACACAAGCAAGAUCCGGGCUUCUGCUUUCGGACUCCCACCGUGCGCAAAAACCGUGACCCCGUAUGGGAGAGCGAAUGGAUUGUCGCCAACGUUCCCGCCUCCGGUUUCACCCUCAAAUGCAUCGUUUUCGACGAGGACGCUGCCGACCACGAUGACAAACUGGGCAAUGCGUACGUCCAGGUGGACUCACUUCAUGAUGGCUGGGCGAGCAUCAAAGAGCAGACCUUCAAGGUCAAAAAGCGCACCGGCAGCAAACGAGUCUAUUUGUUCGGUAAUAUCGCCGCUUUGGCCUCGGGGCGCUUAGACACCGGCUCACAUCUCUUGAUCAGCGUCGAGUUCCUCGGGAGGACCCCGGGCGACGAAGGAGCUCAGAUGUACACCGCGGGUCCAAACUAUUGGUUCAAACACUUCUCACCUUUGAUCGGGAGACUGGCCGGAACUAAAGACGAAGUUCAGACUCAGGAUGGCAAGAAGGCGGUCACUCGAUACAACUUCCAAGCCAUUCAGAUCCAGCUCACGGGCCCUGUCCCGGUGGAGCUUUACCAUCGCUAUGUCGAGUUCAGGCCCUUCGUCGCAGGCAUGUUCACGUCCCAGAGCCUACGGGGACGUAUUCUUAACCGAGCCUUGCAUCACCAGCAUCAGCGAAUCUACAAUUUUGAUCGCACGACGCUCAAUGGUCGGUUUGAUUCGCCGUGUGUUGCGCUGACAAAGAAAUUCCUGGAGUUUGUUCAUUACGCCCAAGGUGGGCGAAUCUUCACGUAUGUCCUCACUCUCGACGGCCAGUUCCGCUUCACGGAGACCGGGAAGGAGUUCGGCAUCGACCUGCUGAGCAAGCAUACGAUGCACAGCAAUGUGUCCAUAUAUAUUGCCUACUCGGGCGAGUUUUUUCUUCGUCGGCGCAUGCACCGCUCCCAUCGCCAUUCCCGAGUCUCGCGCACAUCGGAAACUGAGAUGCCCACAGAAGAUCAGUGGUCGGAAGAGCCGGAGAUCUCGACCGACCCGGCGGACUAUGAGCUCUUUAUCGACAACGACAGUGGCACCUAUCGUCCAAAUGGCCAGUUACUCCCGCUGCUCAGGCAGUUUAUCUCCAAGAGCUUCCCCGGGCUUAACAUCACCACAUUGGACUGUACCGAGGAUGCCGAACAAAUGGCAACGCUGAAGGACGAGCAACGAGAUUUCAAGAGAGAGGGGGGUCAGAUGACUUUUCUGCAGCAAAGCAGCACCUCAUCGCUUUCCAUCUCGAGCUCGGACGAGGAGGAGCUUGACGAACGGAGCGGCACGGCGCGCAGAAAGCGGGGGGAGCUAUCGCAAAGAGUACACGACAUGCGGGAUGUGAAGGGCCAGUUUAUGAAGUGGGCGCAAGCCGAGAACCAUGAAAAUGCCAACGGUUCCGAUCGUUUCUUCUACUGUUAUCUUUGA